AUGGCGUCCGACUUAACAAACCAGAUCUUGGACGCCCUGUCCGCGUCCGAUGCGCCCAUCCUCUCCAGCGAAGCCUUCCCCUCCACCCCCUCAUUGAACGUUAAGAGUGCGCUCGACCGCCUUGAUUCCCGCCAGAUGGUCGAAUAUGAGACCUUGGACAAGGAAAUCGUUACUCUCACUGCGGAGGGUCAGGAGAUUGCCGCUAAUGGCAGUCACGAGGCCAAGGUCUUCGCCGUGGUGCUUGCUGCUUUAGACGGAUUGAAGAUCUCCGACUUACCAGGAAUUGUGGGCAAGGAGAAUGCCAAAGUUGGCCAAGGAAAUGCCUUCAAGCGUGGCUGGAUUAAGAAGGAUAAGGAUUUGCUGCGGGCAUCCACAGAUUCGAUUGUCGACGAGACGCAACAGCAGCUGCUUGAGGUUCAAAAAACAAAGAACCUGGACGAUAAGAAGGCCCUGGCUGACCUCAAGCGGAGAAAGUUGGUCGGUCUGGCAAAGGAGAUCUCUUUCAGGUUCACCAAGGGUCCCAAGUACGCCCGAGAAUUCGUCAAGGAGCAGACCGACCUCACCCCGGAGAUGAUCGCCAGUGGCUCGUGGAAGACGGCGCAUCUCAAGCCCUACAACUUCAAUGCUAAGGGUGCCCCGACUCCAUGUGGUACGCUACACCCACUGAACAAGGUGCGACAAGAGUUCCGCAACAUCUUCUUCGAGAUGGGUUUCGAGGAGAUGCCGACGAACCGCUUCGUCGAGACCGGCUUCUGGAACUUCGACGCUCUGUUUGUGCCCCAGCAACACCCCGCCCGUGAUCUCCAGGAUACCUUCUACAUCUCCGAUCCUGCCGUGGCAGAUGCUCCUCGCGAGGAUCCCCCCAACGACCCCCACCGUCCAGCCCAAUUAAAGUCCGAGAAGCCGCUCGACUACAAAAAGUACUGGGACAACGUCCGUGAAGUCCACGAGCACGGAAAGUUCGGAUCCAUUGGCUACCGCUACCCCUGGAGCGCGGAUGAGUCGCUUCGCCUGGUGCUCCGCACCCACACCACCUCCAUCUCGACCUACAUGUUGCACAAGCUGGCCGCCAACCCCCGGCCGGCUCGCUUCUUCAGUAUCGACCGUGUCUUCCGAAAUGAAUCUGUCGACGCUACCCAUCUGGCAGAGUUCCACCAGGUCGAGGGUGUCAUUGCCGACUUCGGUCUGACUCUUGGUGGCCUGAUUGGAUUCAUGGAGGUCUUCUUCGCCAAGAUGGGCAUCCACAAGCUGCGCUUCAAGCCCGCCUACAACCCCUACACGGAGCCCAGUAUGGAGAUCUUCGGCUACCACGAUGGUCUAGGCAAGUGGGUUGAGAUCGGUAACAGUGGCAUGUUCCGUCCAGAGAUGCUGGAGUCCAUGGGUCUACCUAAGGACUUGAGGGUCUACGGAUGGGGAUUGAGUCUGGAGAGACCCACGAUGAUCAAGUACGCCGUCAGCAACAUCCGCGAACUCCUCGGUCACAAGGUCGACCUGAACUUCAUUCAGACCAACCCGGCUGUCCGUCUCGAGAAGGAUUAA